CCUGUGUUGAGCUGUUCGAACACUUUCAUGGCAUCAAAUGCGGACUACAUUCCUCUCAGGCGUCACCUAAGUCUCGAUGAUCAGGAAUACGACGGUCUUGAUGAAGGGAGCGACGCUGAUACCGAAGGUACCCCAUCCAAACGACCAAGACUGAUCAGGACGCAGACGCAGCGACUGCCGUCUGCGAUCAGUCUUACAACUCUCUUCAGCUUCGUCGCUUUUAUCAUAUCACUCUUAAGCUCCCUCUUGGUCGUAUAUCAGCUUCUGUUCACGUCGCGCGCGCUGGUGCCAAGCGUGCAGCGUGUCUACGACAUCGAUGUGAACACACUUCGCCGGCCGAGUCUCUAUAUGGGACUCGAGCGUGUUCCGCUCACUGACGCGUCUGCGAGCCAUCAUGAUGACGGGAGUCACAAUUCGUCGAAGCAGCAAGAGCCGGCAGCUCUGCCUGUGGGCCCUGGACGAGCAACGGCGAUAUCUCAUGUGAACUUACUGAACCCGUUCGUACCGUACCCGCGCGACGGAUGGGUACUCGUCACAACAUAUGAUAUCGCUGUUAUGCAGUUUGCUCAUACACCGGUCGAACAGUCUUCUUGUGCUUUUGAGCUCUCGCUUCCGCCCCGCCGCGCACUCAUCCAAUCGGCGCGACUCCUCACUUUGGAAAAUCCAGCUGCUUCCGGUGGCAUCCUGAUGCUCGACAUCUAUACGCUCGACGCGACAGAUAUCGACCUCGCGCAAGUAAACAUUUCUUGGGCGUCGCGACCACCGCGCCGUGCAUUCGUCGGUCGCAUCGAGGCCAGGUUCGGGGAAAACGCAACGACACCUCAAUUCGAUUGUGGCGGCGGCAGCGAUAGCCUUACUGUUGAGCUGGCUUGUGUAGGUGACGGUUGUAGAGUUGAAUAUCGCGAGGAAGAGGGCGAUCCUAUCAUCGGGCUUACCUUGAUAUCAGCUUGAGUGCUUGUCCCACCUUACGAUGGGUUUGCUUGGUAUGUAAUGUCUAGUCGCAGAAGUAGAAUAUAGUCCACGAGCUUGGGUAGU